CUGAACAUUGAAAUGAUUAUGAAAGGAUGCGAAAUUUAGUUAACCUAUCAUCCACGUUUUGUAACAGUGGUAAAACGUUUAUAAAUUUACAUUUGAGCGUUGUGAACAUUUAGAGUGAAAUAAAAAUGCGCGUCUACAAUAUAAUUUAGUAAAUAAAUGGCAGUUGAGAAAUAUUUACUAAGCUGUAGGACUAGGAGUACCAAAAUCUGCAUUAGGUAAACGUAUUGUUGAACACCACAAAGAAAUUCGACAUCACCGACAGAUGUUCAACGUGCUAUAAUGGACGAAUCCUUAGAUAUACCUGAUUGGCAUUCACCAUGGGUAUUCACACCAUCGGAAAAUCUUAAUAAUAGCAAACAGUUCGUAAAAGGAAAAGUGAGCAGUAAAAGUAGAAGACCUUGGUCAGUAAAUUCCAUAAAAGUGAUCUCGACUUCCGGCGCACAAGGUGAAAAUGAUCCCUCAUUUAGCAAAAGGCCGUUGUCAGAAGUAGUUAAAGCACACUGCAGAUGUCCGAUUUCAAAAGGGCAGGUAGACACUAGCAUGGUUUUAGAUAAUCACAGAGAUGUAUAUUAUAUUCCAGAUGUUGGAGAAAAUAUUCAACAACUAGCUGCGGCUGCUGAUACAGGAAAAUGCCAAAGAUUGUUGCAACAUUAUCAAGUUUCUAUAUUAUGUUGGCCAGAGUUAUUUCAGUCACAAAUUAGCAUAAAGAACCUAUUGAGCUAUUGUGAAGGACUUGAAAUGGACACGGGUUUAAGGCAGCAUGGAGAAGAGAUCAUGAUCGAUUUGCACGAAAUAGACAUUUAUAUUAAUCCCACCAAUCACGAUAUCAAAUCAUUAAUACCACCCAAAGUGACUAUUCAGAAAAAAGAAUUAAGAUAUUGGAAAAUUUCUGCAGAUACCAUGUAUACAAAAGAUAGUUCAUCGAAAGUCAAAGGAAUAGUCAUUGAUUCUUGUAGUGCAAGAAUGAUAAAAUCAAUGCACGGUUUAGAUAUGGUUCUCUUCAGGGAAGACGGCUUGGACUGCUUUAAAAACGAAAACAGAUCUCCGCAACAUACGGACGAUACAUUACGAUUGAAAACAAGAAGCGUUAUUGAAUACGUCUUGUUUGAACCGCUUAUAGAAGAAUGCGAAUUUCUCAGCCGUGUAAUCGACGCUAUUGAUAAAAAAUCACAAAAUCUGAUAAAGGAGACAAAAGACGUUGCUGAAAUUGAUAGCGUUUAUCAAAACGACGAGAAAACUCAGAGUGAGCACAUUGAACAAACUUACCACGACGAGUCAAGAGAGUGUAACAUUAUCCCUGAUGACAUUGUCUUUGAAAAGUGUAAGCAACAGAGGGACAAUAUCGAGGACUUGUUCGAAGAAAUGGUUGCUGUGAUUUCAAAAAGCCAGAUCAAAGGAAAAGAUCUAAAACGAUUACAAAUGUGUCGCAAGAAUAGUCAUGUUAUUAAAAAGGUAUCGCAAAUGCUUUUCACAAAAGACAAAUCUGUUAAAGGAUGUGGCUACAGACUUAAAAGUUUUCAUGUCGAUGUGGAAGAAUUGCCAACACCUGAGGAGAAUUCUGAUCGUGAGAAACGAAUUCAGAAAAUGUUAAGUAAUUAUGGAAUUACUGAUAUAAGGUUUAACUUUGUCUCCCCGAGUCUCGAUCAGUACAAUUAUGUUGGUGCAAAUAUUGCUGCAAAAUGUGAAACCGGCACUAAAAUGGGUUCACUCGGAUGUUUUGCAAUUCAUGAAAAAGAUAAUGAAUCUUCUCUAUGCGCACUGUUUUCAAAACACGUUGCGCAAGGAUGUUCCCCUGAAAUAUACGUCAAAGAUAAGGAUCAGAAACUAGAAAGCUUUGGAAUACUUUUGUCUGAUACGUAUGUUGAUGGUGGUCACGAUAUUGCCGCGGCAAGAAUUAACAGCCAAUGUAUUUCAAGCUGUGACAAACAAUUUAAAAAUAUGAAAGAGGAAAAGGUUCCUGCAGAGUUGCACAUAGUGGACGAUCGCGACAACACUUUACUUCAGGGUCAGACCAUUCACUUAUGGGGCGCACACUCUAAACCAGGUAUAGGCAAAAUAAAUAUACCAGACUUCCAUUAUCCUGAUAGCACAGAGUCAUAUAUCGAAGUACAAGACGGAUCUAUUGCCAAGGGUAAGCCUAAUGCGGUACUGGCAGAACCGGGCGACAGCGGAGCCAUUGUUUGUAUCGAUGAAUCAAAUGGGAAAAAAGUAAGAGUUAUAUCUAUGCUGAUGGGUUCAACAAACGACACUGUUGCACAAAAGGACCCUAAAGUAAAAAGAAAAUAUCUGACCCUUCCUCUGUCAAGCGGAUUGCAGACUCUAGAACAGCGGACAAAUGGGACGUUUUUGUUAGAAGGCACGGAAACAUAAUAUUAUAAAGCAACCUCCGAACAUGUACAAGAUCCGUCUGCGUUGUUCGGUGCACACGAUGAAGAAGCAAAAAGACAUGUAGAAGAUAACACGGAAAGGUCAACAGAGAAGAAGAGACUGCAUUAAAUCUAUAAGUGAUGUAACGCAGUGAAUCCAGAUCAAGACGCCACUUACAUCAAGUUCUUUCGAUAUUUAUGUAUGACUCAAUACAUGCUCAUAAACAAUCAUAUUCGCAAUCCUUCUAGUCGAUUUUCUACUUCUCGCUCGCUCAUUGAGCCUUUCAGUGAGUUCGAUGUUAUUGUUGCCAUCCCUGUCAUAUACAUUUAAAUGUUAUCCUUCAGUCAUUACUUAACAUGUAACGCCAUUUUGACUAAUACGUUUUCACAUUCAGUUCGGAAUAAUAUGUCUUACACGACGUGCAUGAAUGUAAAACUCUAUCUGGACAAUAUAUGUUGUUACAAUAUGACUGAACUUUUUGAAAACUCGUUCGUGUAUAUAUUGUAUCUUGACCUACGGAACACAACAGUAUUCAAAAACGUCUUGGCAUUAUUUGUGUGCUUCAGAAUUUAUGUCAGAAUAAUAUGUUUUUAAGUGCCUUGUUUUUUCACGAUGCAUCGCAUCAUGUUCAUUUUUUCAAAUAAAACACGAAACAAUA